AAAAAAAGGUUGCGUUACCAUAGUGAAUUGAUGAAACAUUUAUUCUAGGCAGGAGGCAUUGUGCUGCAGUCGCAGUAGCAGCAGUAGACCAUACAGUGACUGCUUCUCUUAUCAGAGGACAUGCAAAUAAAUCCAGCUGCUAUGAUGAUUUCCCUUCUGAGGCACAGCCGGUUUUGCUGUUUGAUGUGAGCACAACCGCUCCAGGGUGUGAUUUUUCUCAGACAAGCCAGAGGAAAGCAUUGUCUUCCUACAUGCAUGUAUACAUACUAUACAUACUGCAGCAGAUAUUAAGGAAAUGAAGCAUUUCUGCUGGGAAAGCAGCAUGGAUUUCUGAGCUUCACAGAGAUGAACCAGUAUAUUGCCUUAAGAUGUCAUUUUGGUGUGUUUCAUCAUUGACUUCCUGCAUUAAGCUGUUUUGAUCUUGUUUAACAGAAGCCAGCAUUUUUCAGAUUCCAAGAGUGGCAAAGUGCUUCCAAAUGAAUUAGAUGGAUAUCCUGUCUGCCAGUGAAGAAGUACACAACAAGAGUCACAUAAAACAUCCGUCAUUCCAUGGGCAUAUUUUAACUGCAGCCGUUAUCAGCUCAGACUCCAGCUAAGUGUCUUGUUUCAGAUUCAACGGUUGCCUCCAGCUUCUACUUCGCUUGGGUGUGUGAGCUGUCUUCAGUAAACGGUUUCUGGAUUUGCUGCUUCUGGUGUGAAUCCUUCCUUUUAAACAGCACAUGGACUGAUUCUAUUACUGAUGUUGCUGACAUCAGGCAGAUGAAACUAAGUUUUGCUUCUUCAUUCCAUGGCUUGGGUGCCAUAUAGUGGACAUUUUCCUAUCUUGUCUCUCAGUGUACCCCUCAACGGAUAAGUUAUUCAGCUUUCCCUUGUACUGUCUGACCUCUGCCUGACAUAUCAGCACGCUGUCCUUUCCAUUGUUGUUACUACCUUGCUUUCAUCUGUGACACCAAUGUGCCUCUCACUGGAAAUAUAAUCACCCAAACCCAAGGCAUCCUUCAGAUCUCCUCUGGCUGACAUAAAGGAUGUUCAUGUAAUACGUUAGCCGGGACCUACUUGCCUUUACCUGCAUGAUCUUGCACAUAAAAUAACUCUUGGAGUUUAUAUUGUCUAAAUACCUGACUGCAACACUGCAGCUAACAUCUGCAUCUCCCCCUUAUUUGCUUGUGGCUAUUGCUUUUUGUUCUCUGCUGUAUUAUCUGACCAGUUUCCACAUACCAUUCAACAAAAGAACUGUCUCUGUUAUCUGGAAAAGUUUCCAACAACACUCAUAUUAUUUUCUGCAUGCACGGUGGACAUCUGCUUAACCAUACCUGGAUCUUCUGAUUCUCCCUAUGAGUUUGGGCGUCCAGCAUAUCAAAAGCCCCAUUUCUUCAAUACGCCAUUGUUGUACUUGUCUGCUGAUUUGUGGGUCAUAGCUGUGACAGAAUGGCUCUUACAAGACAGGCAAACAGUAUGAAGAACAGCCUGCCGAACAACAGCACAACUAGCAUAUCACAGGCCAGAAAGGCAGUGGAACAGCUGAAGAUGGAGGCCUGUAUGGAGAGGAUAAAGGUUUCAAAGGCUGCAGCCGAUUUAGUGGCGUAUUGUGAGGCUCACGUCAGGGACGAUCCACUGGUAGUACCAGUACCAGCGUCAGAAAAUCCAUUCAGAGAGAAAAAGUUAUUCUGUGCCAUCUUGUAGAACUUUAUUUGGUGCAAGAAAAAAUGUGUCUGUCAGGACAGGAACAGCUCAGCAUUACUUAUGCAUGUUGUUAUAAAUGCUUCCAGAAAGUUCCCACUUAACACUGAUUACAAUUUUAAAUAUUUUGAAAAGCACAAGCAGUUUACUAACUGGAGAUACAAAUGCUUACAUUUUUCAGAAAGUUAACAUAAACCAGUCACUAUCCAGGCUGUGGUCUUUGUUUCCUUGAUAAAAAGACACUGCUGGAGGACCAACAGAUUUUUUUUCUGUAAGACUGGGUUUGAGACUGGCAUAUGACUGUUGGAUUUAAAAAAAAUAAUCUGGCUUCUCAGGUAAAAUUUUAAAAUUGAAGUGAAAGAAGGGAAAUAAAACAAAUUGCAACUCUGAUGGGGAAAAGUUCAUACUGUUGUAACCCUUUCUGCUAAACAAGCUUUCUGAAAAAAAAAACUUGACUUAUUAUCCCAUUUUAAACUGCCCUUAUGGGUUUGUAUAUAUAAAAUAACUGUAAAGCACAACUUUUUCAACAAAAUGACAUAAGUCAAUUAAAUUAAUUAUUAUAGCUGUUAUCAUUACACGUGUCAAAAGCCUGAGUGAAGGUUUGAUUAAAGAGGUUUAGUGGUCACUGUGACAUACGUACCAUUCUAUAAGAUUUAUUGUAGUUCUUUUUCACUGGCAGAUAAUACAUUAAUUUUAAGCAUGUACAAAAUGCAUAUCUGCAACUUUUCCACUAUUUCGUAUUCUGUUAUCUUUGGACUAAGUAAUCACAUGUACCAAAAAUGUAAGCUGUAUGCUGAGAUGCCAUGAAUAAUGUUAUUUUAAGGCAUAGAUUACAAUUUGUGAAUUAAUGGCAAGAGUUGAUUCUACUACAUUAAGACAGAGAACACAUCAUUUUUGUUUCUAAUUUGCAUCCCAUGGUGACUAUAGGAGAGGAAAACUGGUUUAUUCUGCUGACAGUCUAUGUACAGAUUCAGAAACAUAAGCCUUGUCUCGGGAGGGUCCUAUGCCUGUCACUCUGUUGCUAUUUUGGUACUUAAAAUUCAUCACUGAAGCAGAGAAUAUGCUACAGCUGCCUCUCUAAAGGGAGACGCCAUCUGAAUAAAACAAGCCUCCCCCCUCAUCUUUUUAAGUAGGUAUAGGAGGGUGGGUGUCGUUGACUUAUGUGUAAAUACAUAUUUAUCAGAGCACAGCUUCACUGACUGUAUUUUGUUUUUUCUUCACAUUAGCAGUGUUUCAGAUAGUGAUUUAAUUUUUCUGUUCCUUCUUUCAAAGUUUUUUCUAGGCUCCAUGGAGGUUUGAAAUUUACACACAGUUUUUAAAGAUGUCUUGCAGUCACCAUCAUGAUAUAAGUCCUGCUUAAGACUGCAUACUAGUGACAUAAUGCAGUUGAAUGUUGUCACCAAAUUCUGUUCUUAAGAUACGCAUAAGCUACAUAACAUAGCUGAAAGCUGCAAUCUGAAAAUUACUACAUGAAGCAGAAAUGAAAAUAGACAAUUUUUUGUCAUACCAUAGCAAGUACAUAUGAGUACAAAAUAUUUUAUCCCUUAUAUACUAUACAGUAAGAAGUGAAAGAGAGAGAGAGUCAGACAGACAAUGUGCUGCAUAAAAAUGGAUAUACACAGUUCUCCAUGUUUCAUCUUUGAAAAUUCUCCUGUGUAUAAAAAUCCAUUAAUUACCUCAGUCUUAUCUAUUAUCUAAGGUGCUCUGAAUUCAUAAAAACAACUCCAUUAGCUAAUUAAAAUUCUGCAUAGUUUCAAGUGUAGAAGCAGUAAUAAUCUUUUGUGGGAGUGAGUCAAAACAGGAUAAAAGAUGUGAACAAAGAUGGAGAUAUAGUGCUACACAGGACAGGAAAGGUAAGAAGAAGAGGAGAAAAAUAAGGUUUGCAAAGAGAGAGCUCAGAAUUUGUCUUACCUAUGAUCCCCUCCUUUCAUAUAAAUAGAUUUUCCAGCUUCUAAAGGCAAAAUAAUUGCCUUAAAGCAAACUCUUCAGAUAGUAGUGUAGGCAAGAAAACAGGAGGGCAAUUUUUUUAUUGCUGUUAUUGUCAAUGCAAAAGUAUUCACCCUAGAAACACUGAUUAAAAACUACAAGUGUAAAAACUAUUUACACAACUUGGAUAAUAUCAGUCUGUUUCUUGUCUUCUCCUCAUAGAUAGGUUAACUCAAGAAUAGAAAGCAAACAAAAAAGACAGAUUUUUCAGAAUCAUGCAUAUGCUUGGGAAUAGGGUAGAUCUUCAGUGAUUUCCAUAGUGCUGAGUUUGUAGCAUGCCUUUCCCUAUAAACAGCUGCAAACCCAGAAACAUGACUAUAAUCCCUUAAUUCUCACUGCAUGAUCAUUUAAUAAAAAUGGUUUCAGUGUCACUUUAUUUAACAUGGAUGGCAAGCAUAUAAAGAUGUACAUAUAAGUGUAUAUUCGGAGAGAUUAGUGCACCAGAUGGCACUGAAAGAUAAGUUUUACUUUAAUUAUAUAGCAGUCUCUGUUUUCAGCACAUAUCAAAGUAUAUGAUAGAUAAUUGCAAAAAGAUGCAGUGACAGAUGCCUGCCAUAGUGCACUGACUUCAGUGUCACACAAGAACACAAACCGUGAUUGCCCAUUGCUGUCUCUUAAACUCCUCCAAUACAUGUUUUGUCUGCCUAUCUGGAACAGAUGAGAUGUACAGAAAGACAGAGCAAUAAUUGUCAGCAAAGAAAUGUGCACAGCCUGAUCAUCUUUGUCAUGUUCUUGGGACUGUCAGUGAUAAACUGCAAUCAUUGUUGUCUGUUUGCAAUACAUGAAUACUGCUUAACUCGCCUAGAUUAAGUAAACUUUUUUUUGUCAGAUUGCUAACUUGUGCAGUUGCAGCUACAAGUUUACAACAGCAUACUCCCAAAUGUCUUUUACAUUGAAAUAUAGAUACUAUCAUUCUGAGCCUUUUUCUUUGUAAAACUGCAACAUGGUUAUAGAAAAAUGGCCCUUUCGUUGAUUUGUCUGGUGCCUGUUUUCUGAAUCAUAACUGAAUCAAAUAAUUGUUACAAUAACAUACUAAAAUAAGAAGAGAUGAUCAGAAUACUAAGUAGGGGAGUAAUGUCACACUUUAUACAAGUAUCGCCCUAAGCAAGUAUCCCGCAUUGAUUUUUUCAUAGUCUAGCAUUUUGUACUGUCCUGCAUUCUUAUUGUGGAGACUGAAAGGCUUACAGUAAGUGAGAAAAUGCAUGGGUGGGAAGAGGCAGAUGUCAAAAAUUAGGUAUGCACACUUUCUACACUGACAUAAUUGCAUGUGAUAUGCUAGUGAAGGGAGAAAUUACCUGAAUGGCAGAUCACAAAAGGUGAUGUCAUGCAGUGUAAGGGUCUUUAGGACUCGCAUACUUAGAUUUCACGCACAGAGGGAAUGAACAGAUACUACAAGCAGUGAGAAUAGCCAUAGUAUGACAGCAGCGAUAAGAAACCAAAUAAAUAAUUCCUGUGUACGCAUGUGUGGACUAGGGGAAGCUUUGUCCUCUUUUCUCUGGCUGCCAAAAGGAAACAAAACCAGUAUGUCCAUGGCACCACUUCCAAGUAGCUGUGUGGAUUAAACUGUUACAUCUCUAUGUAGGAGUAUCCUCACAGGUGCAGUCCAUCUGACCCUACCAGGUCAUAAUGGAUCUGUGCUGAUGCACAUUAUCUUUAAAUAAAUAUUUAAAAUCCCUCACGUAUGGCAGGAUUCCAAAAAUGCAUAGCUCUAUGCUACUUUCAGGAAUUUGCCCACAUUUGAUAAUAUCUGGUGCCUGAAAAUACCCAUUAUAAAGUGAAGUGUUUCAUUAUAUGUGUAGUAAUAACCAUGACUGUAACAGAGUUUAAAAUAGGAUGCUUGUACGGAACACAGCAGAGAAUUAGCAAAAUAAGUCUUGAAAAUAAAAAAGUGGAUUAUUUAAUGCAAUAAAUGAAAUCACAGAUUAAGUGCAGUUCAACCAUGACAUCUGCUCAUUCCUGUACCUAGAAAGGUAGCAUGCAGGUAUUCUGCAGACUACACUUAGAUUCUCACACAUAGCCAUACACUAGGACAGAGUGAUAGGAAGAGCUAACUUAAGAAAAAUAUACCAGGAUGACAUCAGAAUAGGCAGAAAUGCCUUUGGAAGUAAUGCACUAGAAUGAAAUCAUGCAUGGCGAAUGCCUCCAAACUGCAGUAACAUUGUCACUUAGCUUUCUGUAGUCUAAGAAUACUACAAUAAAUCUAGUCCAGUUCUUGUCCUACCCAACCUGAAAAACACUGCCCAAAAGAAGAUGUUAAAGGGCAUAUUCUUGACACUACCUACUUAUGCAAACCAGUAAGAGAUGUCUGUAAGAAAAGCAAGCAUAUAUGGUCUGUCCGUGAAGUCUUGCUUUGCAUCAUGACUUAACCUGUUUAUUGUCAUUUUAUAAUGUCAGCUGAUAACAAUCUUUGCAUUUUACUUAUUUUGUAUUUUUACAUUUGUUAACCAGCUAAGCACUCUAGUCCAAGGACCCUCUUCAGGAAUGAUCUGGGCCAAAACAUCUCAAACAUAAUAGAAAAUUAUAAUGAAGUUACUAUAGACAUAUACUUUUCCAUCAACAGCAUACGUUGCAUCAAGUACAAUUAAUUCUACAUUAACUUGUGACUAAACGUCUGACACAAUAGAUCACUUCACAUCAGUAAAAAGGAUAAGUUUAGGACGUAUUAUAGAUGUUAAGGAUAGUGGGCAGGAAGUUAGACAGUAAGAAGGCAGAGUAAGUGUAUGUAGUAUUAAAUGUUAGCUAUGUAGCUAGAAAGUAUCACUACAAGCUGUGUAUGGAUAUGUUUACAAUGACUCUUGGUUAGUGAAUCCCUUUAUUUGUCCAGAGUUGGUAACUCAUUUACACAGUAUUAGAAUGUACCUGGGAUACAAUUUAGGUUAAACAUGAUUAAUGUAGCAUGAAUAUUUGCUUUCUUCUAGGAGAUUUUUUUUUUUUGAGGAGAUUCCCAAAUCUGAGUUAGUUGUUUGCAUUUUGUAUGUUUUGGGAUGGCUAUUUCAGUUUGCCGAUCAUUUUAAUAAAGGCUAUUUCAGCUACUGCUAUGGUGAAAGGAUAUCUAUACAGAAUGGUUUCAUUUAGGCUCAUAUCUGAGCAUGAGCAAUUUCUAAAUUGAAGUUUAUUCUUUAUUGGUGGGCAGUAGCUGUAAUCUGUUAGCUUCAAUGUCAGUGUAUGUUUUAUCUAGACAUUGCCCUAGCAGGGUCUGAUAGUCAUUUAGCGUUAUUAAUGAUUGCGCAGUGGUGCUCAUUAAAAGGUUUGAGUUAGAUGAACCUUAGUAUUUUAUUUUAUGGGGGGGGUUGUAAAAUGUUUAUGCUUUGGGUUGGUUAUAGGGCAAUGAUAGGAAUUGGGUAUUCUAUUUGUGGUGGUAGAAAACUGCCGACAAUGGCUUGUCUUGCUUGGUUAAAGAGUAGAUAGGUUAGUUAAAGCCAGCUUUAGCUGAGUUGAUUCUGUUUUUCAUAUAUGGUAGGAAUGAAAAGUCUCUUAGACGUGCCUGGUAAACAUUACAGUUAUUUUUAGUUUUUUUUGUUUUUUUUUGUAUUGCGACAUAUGUUUUGUAACUAGUUCCAUAAUUUAGCAUAUCUUUCCAAAAGAUAUUUUUAAAUCACUGAGUAUUAGCCCUAUGCCUAACUAGAACUAAGCAAUCCACAUAAAUAAAAUUGUUUAUAUUAGCCCUGAGGGGAAGUUAUUUACAAACAGUGAGAAUGGAAGUGACCCCACUGCUGAGCACUCUGGAACCCCUUUCUGACAAGUACAAUUGAUUGUGUGUGGAGAGAUCGAUGUGACUAUGAAGGUUCCAUUGUUUAAGUUUGAAAUCUAGAGGCAUACUUCCUCAGAAACAUGCCACAGUAUUAGUUUGAAUUAAUAGGUUAUGAUCUGCACAUUUUAAUGUUCCUCUUAGGUCUACACAUAUAGGGCUUGAUUCCAAAAGACUUGCUCUCGGUAUAAGUGACCACUUACACUGAGAACGAGUCUUUCGAAAUCUGGUCCCUGGCCUAAGCCUUUACAUAGACAGGCCUUACACCAAAGUUAGUAACUUACAUUGAGAUCAAGUCUUUCAGAAUCAGACUUAAACUGACAGCAGCUCUUUUAGAAUCUGGCCUAUAGAUCCUGUUCUAUGUUGGAGUAGAUUUAAUUACUAAAUGAUAGCAGUUAUGUUGCUAUACUUGGACCUAACACCAUGCUACCUGUUAGAUAACAUAUCAUAUUGCAGAAUAUUCUCGCAUUUAGUUACAAAAGAUUUUCUUAAGAAUUUUUGCCAGAGGGUUCAAAUUUGCAACUGGACAGUAGUCUUCUGCUGCCAUAGGACUACUUGUCUUGGUCAAAGAGAUGAUGGCUGCGUGGUUGAAUUUAUUUGGGAAUAUGUGCAUACCAAGUGAAACAUUAAAAAUGUAAGCUAGACCACCUUCUUUCCCAUCCCUAACACCAAAGAACAGAUGAUGUGUCAGACUAUUUGAAACUGGUCGCGCAGUUCAUUAAUGUAUUCCUUAAUUUAUUUCUUUGACUGAUUUCAAGCCAAAAAGUGGCUAAUUAAGGAGCAUGUGCAAAGGUUUCUUAGUUGUAACUGAGUUGAAAGAUUAAGUAUGUGGGUUUUGAGGGACUACAAGUGUUAUAUGCAGUGUCAUUAAGCAGAUUUAGUUAAUCUGGGGUGAUUUUACUAAGGUAUAUUAUCUGAAUGGUAAGGGUUUUUACUAUAUUCCAGAAAUGUUUUGAUUGUCUCUAACAGGAUAGUCUCCUUGCCUGACAGUAUGUGAACUUAGCAACAUUGCGUUAGUAUAGACUCUAGUGGUUUGCCUUUUUUUUGUAAAGGAUGUUUUUAUCUUCAAUAUCCAUCCUCCCAAAACUUAUCAUAGGAACAAAGGGACAUAAGAACACAGGAACAAUACUACACAACUGAUCAAAAGAAUUGUAAGAUGCCUAGCCUUAUCAGUAGCAUAGCUAGGGCAGGGUAAGUGGGACAACUGCCCUGGGUGCAAAGCCAGUAUUGCAUUUGUUGUUAAACCUGAGUGUUGUAGCACUCCAUGUGUGUUCUGAACUGUGGAAACCGCUUGCUACAUUGUAGCAAGUAGUUUGCUACAGUUUAAAAGGAAAAAAAAAACUUUUUAAUUAAAACAUGAGCACUGUAGCACUCCAUGCAUGCAGGGUUUAAACUGUAUCAACUGCUUGCAACAUUUGUAGCAAGCAGUUUGCAGCAGUUUAAAAAAAGAAGAAAUUAUUAUUUUUUAAUAAACUAUGCAGGAGGGACAGAGUACAGAAAUGGGGCCUAAAUGGCUGGAGUAGGAGGGAGGGAGAGUGUGUCAUGAAUCUGGCCAUCUGGUUGGUGUGCCAGUAUAAGGAAUGUGUGUUUUUUUUUCUUUUUCCAAUGAAGGUGGGGGUGGAUCUCACUGUAAUAAGCCAGUUGGCUUAAUACAGUAAAGUGCCUUUUUUUGGCUCUUCACUUGAAGUGCGGAGAGGCUGUGGGGUGCUGGUUCAUGGUACCAGCAAUGCAUCUGACCCUUAUACACUAUUAGGUAGACACCUAAAGUUCUUGCCAACCUUCACAUGCACUUAAUAGUGCAUACACCCAAAAUCAGGCAGGGCUUUACAUGAUAAGCCGAGUACAUAUUUUUCUACCAAUCAAAUUGUCACGACUAGCCUUAAAGGCAGCCAAGGUAGUAUUUUGCUGCGCCUGCACUGUCUGUAUGUGUAGAAUGCAAGGAGCAAGCCGUCCGUCCAUCCUGUCAGUCUUGUUUAUUUGUUGAUGUAGAGAUGGGCCCCUAGAAUGGAUUAUUGUAGAGCCACUUGUUUUGCAAAGAUAUAGGAGGUCAAACAGGGCUGUAUCUUUCAUGCCCAAAAAGUGAGACUCAGGUGACCUCAUAGUAUCCAGUAGACUACUAAGUAUAAAGAAAGAAUUGAUUUAAGACCUUUAAUUUUCUUGGUUAAAAAAUAUGGUCCCUUUCCAGUAAAGCAAUAUUCUUGGAUUUGUAUUUUGCUGGUUUAGACUGGGGGCAAUCCAUGAUGCCUUUCAUCUAUGUAGAUUUCCUAGUGGUAUAGCUUCCUUGAAUAGGAAUUAAUAAGUCAUACAAAACAAAUAAAGGCAGUGUUAGGGUCAGUGACAUAAAAUAAGAAGGUACAGUCAGUCAUAUCAAGCUCAGAGAAUGAGAUGUCCUUAAAGGAUUUGGAUACUUUUCUACUAGCUAUAAACAAUGGGCACAGUUUCUUAGCUUUUAGUGAUCAGGUAGCAAACAAAGGAUUGCCAUCGCUCAGUUCAUCUGAAAGCAUCUGUAUCAUGUAUAUGAUUUCCGAGAUAUUUCUAAAAAAUGUCUAAUCAUGGAGAUUGUUUGGAUUUGCAGUUCAUCUUAGCACCAUGGUUUGCCAACACAGUUAAGCUGAAUGAAACUAAGUCUGGUAGGCUACAAAUAGUAGGGUUCAGUGCAGUCCAGAAUUACAUAUCCUAAUAUUACUGGCUUGUUAUGUUUGGUGAGUGAUAGUAUUUUUGUCAAGAAUAGUCUUUAUAGUCACAGUAGUUGUGCCAUGGGUGGUUAGAAUGUAUAAGGUUGUAUCAUAAAGGUUACCGUGAGAACCAACUAACGUUUAAAUGAGUAAGUAGCUUGAGAUGGUACCAAUUUUAAUGCCACCCCUACAAUUAGUAUUGUGCUAGGGCUAGCAUCUUUAUAAGUGUCAGUAUACCUUAACCCUAUAUAUGGGGCUCUGCUUCUGAAGCUAGAAUUCUAGUUGUGUCCAUUUGCUAUUUAUGCUACUAAUGUUAAGGCUACCAAUUGCAAGAUAUUUGCUUUGAUGGUGGGAAGGAGUGGUAUUAUGGCUAUUUUGAGGAUUACAUGGGGUGAUGUGUCAUUAUUAUCAUAUGUUUUUUGGGAGUUUGAUGUAUUGCUCCUGUUUAUACAGUCCUGGGUGUCACUGUGUAUGUAAAUCAGGGUUAUCAAGGACUAACCAUCGAGGUGGCUGAUAUACAUCCAUUGGAAGAAAGAAAUAAAACUGGCUACAAAACACACUGUGUUGAAAACAACCAGUAACUAAAAAAAAUGAAAUGUAGCAA